AUGUCUUCCCCAGCGAUCCACCCAAAAGCUACGGAAACCUUAUUUGCUUGGGAUGGCGAACCGCUCGACGAAGCUCGUUUUCAUCACGAUAGAUUGGAUGACGGCUCUGACGCCGAUACCAAUGUUCCAAGAGACUUAGUCAGAACUUCUGGGAAAGCGAAACUGAAAGAGACCUUCCUGGACAAACUCGCAGAGGUGCUGUCCCGAGAAAAGCCACAGCCAGGCGAGAAGGCCAAGGCCAAGCACAUUGCUGCUGCUGCGAUGGUUGAAAGAGACGAUGAAGCAACCAUAUACGUUGCCAAGAAUGGUGGGCUCGAUGAGGUUGAUAGCUCGAUGUCGCACGUACUUCCGAUCUGGGUGAGAACCAUUAUGGCUAAUGGUCGCCAUCGAGAUAUCACCGAGGACGCUACGCUCAAGAAAUUAGUUGAGUACUAUCAGAAGCGAUUGGAAAAGGAGUGGCACGAGAUCGUCUAUGCCGCGUAUGAGCUGCAGUAUGACAAGAGUACGAAGUCAGAAUUAGAUGAAACCGCAAAAGAUGCUUCCCGGAAGCUGUGGCAAUGCAUCACGCUUCCUGGCCAUCUUCGUGUGUCCUAUGAGACUAUCAUUGAAGGCGCUUGGCACUUUGCGAUCUUCAAAAAGGUAAACAUUGUAGCCAACGAUGCGGGUGUCCUCGAGGAAGUGGCUCAUCAAUUGUCCCAUUCCCUGCCACCAAUAGCUUCGGUCUACUUCCAAAGGCUAAAAGGCGCGCCAGCGGAUAGCGUGCGAUAUCAGAUUGGCACAGCCUUGCUUCGUACAUGCCGGAGUGCAGCUGCUGAUGCAGCUCGAGCGUCCUCCCAGAAAAAACUUCAACGCGGCGGGGGUGUUUGA